AUGGGCGAUACAAAGCAAGGGCUCAACGGGGCGUACUACGGCCCCGCCGUUCCCCCUCGCCAGGCCGCCCGGAGCAUCGGCAGGGGCUCCAGCUGCUGCUGCGGACCCUGUUGCUUACUGUGUACGCUCUUCAAGUUCCUCCUCUCCAUCAUCAUCACCCUCGGCAUCAUCGUCCUCGUCCUGUGGCUCGUCUUCCGGCCCAACGAGGGCAAGGUGUACGUGGAGAAGGCCGCCCUCAGCCAGUUCAGCCUCACCAAUGGCACCCUCGCCUACAAUCUCAGCAUGGACAUCAGCAUCAGGAACCCCAACAGGCGAAUUAGCCUCUACUAUGACUACAUAGAGGCCGUCGCGUACUACGACGACUCUCGGUUCGGCUUCACCACUCUGCCGACCUUCUACCAGGGUCACAAGAACACGUCUAUGCUUUACCCGGUGUUCAAGGGCCAGCAGGUCGUCCUGGGCAACUCCGCCACAACAUUCAACCGCGAGAACACAGAGGGCUUCUUCUACGUCAAAGUCGACAUCAACACGAAGGUCCGGUACAAGGUCUGGUUCAUCAAGUCCAACAAAUACAAGCCCCACGCCGAGUGCAAGCUGAAGCUUCCCGCUCCCGGCAGUUCCGCCGUGUUCGAGAAGACAAAAUGCGAUGUGGACCUCUUCUGA